AUGGCCAUGGACCUGGAAUUGCACGAGGCCUUUGAAGAAUUGAUACAGCGACUCGCCCUUCGGAAUGAAGAUAUGGCUUAUGCCUUGCCACAUCAGAUGUUUGCAGAGGAAAGGGCUCUUAUCUGGAACGCUCGGACUUGGUUCGGGCUUUUGGUUCUCGAGCAUAUUUUUCGCGUUGAUGGAGGAAAGCCACCUGGUAUUCGACCUAAAGGUAAUGUCCGCAGAUGUCGGGUAUUACUUAGCCAUCCCUCAUCGACCAUUUUGGAUUUACGGCUACUCUCCCAGGUCGAAUUAAACAUUCUCAGAGCAAAUGUUGGCGACGCUUUAGGAGGAAACACAUCGCUUGAUGGGCAAAGCAUCGCGGACUAUGUUCAUGAUAUGAAGAUUGAACUGGAUCUAUGGUUCGAUGACUGGCUACGUAUUAUCGAAAGUUGUGUUGCCGCCGCCGAAGAGAAGCCAUCUCUAUUAGUCGCUCUCCGAGUACAGAAAUGCUGGGCAGAAAUGAUGCUCAACUGCAAAGCAUUACGAUGCAUGGGCGUCGAGAACGUAGCUGCCAUGUCUACAACGGAAAGAACAAUACUCCUCUCAGCCAAAGCAAGUGCCCGUCGACAUCUCCGCCUUAUCAUUGCCGAUCCAGACUUCUACCUCGCUAAGCUGAGAUACGCAAUGGACUUUGUCUGGGCAAAAUGCGCGUUCUCUUUUCUGUUGCUUCUCAAGUUAUCCCGGCUUAUCCCCGAGCGCGACGAGGAGCAUCAAGAGCUUCUGGAACAAGGUAAUCGACUCGUCGAUGAGCUUAGUAAAGCGGGAGCCAGUGGAACUCAGUCGGGAUCUGGGAAUAUUUAUCUCCAGAUCUUGAAAGUCAGUAUUGAGAAAUAUGGGCGUGCGUUGAUGGAAACACAGCAACCGAACUCGGAUGGCCCUACUGCUACGUCGCCAUUCUGGGAGUUGUUUGAUGCUCAGGCGGAUCUUCAGUGGUUUGUCCCUGAGCAGUUUGUCUCCGAGUGGGACUUUCCAGGGCUUAAUUUGUUUUAUUUCCCUACUGCUUGGCAGGAUUUCUUCGGUGAUUUUUCGUUGGCUAUGUAG